AUGCUUGGACUCGGCCUCAGACCGCGACUCAAGGCCCGCCCGUCGUUGCUGGAGCUGCUGGCGGAGCUGGACAAGUCGUUGUUGUUGGAUUCUGCCGCAGCUGCAGCUUCCUUGGGGCCUCCACCGCCGCUGCCCGCAACUCCCAGUUCCACCUUCACCUCCACCUCCUCCUCCAACGACUCUCUCUCUGACCUCCUCGCCAGCUCCCCUGCCACCGCACACCCAAACCCAACCGCUGUUGAUCCCCCCCCUUCUGCGUCUCUGCCCUCGCCCUCGCCUUCUCCCGUCAUGGCGUCCGCCGGCAACAAGCAGACUGGCGAAGACCAGACUGGCGCCGUCUUCUCCAUCUCCGGUCCCGUCGUGGUCGCCGAGAAGAUGAUUGGAUGUGCCAUGUACGAAUUGUGCCACGUCGGACACGAUCGGCUCGUCGGCGAAGUCAUCCGUAUCGAUGGAGACAAGGCGACCAUCCAGGUCUACGAAGAAACAGCCGGUGUCACUGUUGGCGACCCUGUCAUCCGCACUGAAAAGCCCCUGUCAGUUGAACUGGGCCCAGGCUUGAUGGAAACAAUCUACGACGGCAUCCAACGACCGCUAAAGGGAAUCUCGGAUGUUUCUGAGAGUAUCUACAUCCCUCGCGGUAUUUCCGUGCCAGCUCUCGACCGUGAAAAGAAGUGGGAUUUCAAGCCGACCAAGAAGGUAGGCGACAUGGUCACUGGUGGCGAUAUUUGGGGUAUAGUAUAUGAAAACAGUCUAUUGGACGAGCACAAAAUCCUGCUUCCUCCCCGCGCCAGGGGCACUAUUACGAGAAUAGCGGAGCCCGGCAGCUACACUGUCGAUGAGAAGAUCCUGGAAAUCGAUUUCGACGGGAAAAAGUCCGAACACGGCAUGAUGCACACCUGGCCAGUCCGUGUCCCGCGGCCAGUGAACGAGAAGCUUCCCUCGGAUUCACCUUUCAUUGUCGGCCAGAGAGUGCUGGACUCUCUGUUCCCUAGUGUGCAAGGCGGUACUGUUUGUAUUCCUGGUGCCUUUGGUUGUGGUAAAACGGUGAUUUCGCAAUCAGUCUCCAAGUUCUCCAACAGCGACAUCAUCGUCUACGUCGGUUGUGGUGAGCGUGGCAACGAGAUGGCUGAAGUGUUGAUGGACUUUCCGGAGCUUUCUAUUGAUAUCAAUGGUCGCAAGGAACCAAUCAUGAAGCGCACAUGUCUCAUUGCCAAUACAUCCAACAUGCCUGUGGCUGCUCGUGAAGCCUCCAUCUAUACUGGUAUCACCGUCGCUGAGUAUUUCCGCGAUCAAGGCAAAAACGUGGCUAUGAUGGCCGACUCCAGUUCUCGUUGGGCUGAAGCCCUGCGUGAGAUUUCUGGUCGUCUUGGUGAGAUGCCUGCAGACCAGGGUUUCCCCGCUUACUUAGGCGCCAAGUUGGCAUCUUUCUAUGAACGGGCCGGGAAGAGUACCGCUCUUGGUAGUCCCGAGCGCGAGGGAAGUGUCAGCAUUGUUGGUGCGGUCAGUCCACCUGGUGGUGAUUUCUCCGAUCCUGUCACCAGCAGUACUCUCGGUAUUGUGCAAGUUUUCUGGGGUCUUGACAAGAAGCUGGCUCAGCGUAAGCACUUUCCAUCGAUCAACACCUCAGUGUCCUACAGCAAGUACACCACCAUUUUGGACAGAUAUUACGAGAAGGAGCACCCCGAGUUCCCCCGACUACGCGACCAAAUUAAAGAGCUUCUGACCAAUUCCGAGGAACUCGACCAAGUUGUCCAGCUGGUCGGAAAGUCGGCGCUGGGCGAUUCAGAUAAGAUCACCCUGGAUGUGGCUGCGCUGCUCAAGGAUGAUUUCUUGCAGCAGAACGGCUACAGUGACUACGACCAGUUCUGUCCUUUGUGGAAGACCGAAUAUAUGAUGAAAGCAUUCAUGGGAUACCAUGACGAGGCACAGAAGGCAAUUUCCCAGGGCCUAAACUGGGCCAAGGUCCGAGAAGCCACUGCAGAUAUUCAAGCUGCUCUACGAACCAUGAAGUUUGAGGUUCCGGACGAUGAGAAGGCGGUUACAGCCAAGUACGAGAAAUUGCUGCAAGACAUGUCCGAGCGGUUUGCCACUGUCUCUGAUGAGUAG